AUGGAAGUGCAGAACCAGACACGGGUCACCCAGUUCAUUCUGGUGGGGUUCCCGGGGAGCUGGGGCGCUCGUGCAGCCAUGUUCCUGAUGUUCCUCGUGGCCUAUAUUUUGACCGUGGCUGAAAACGCCAUCAUCAUCCUGCUGGUGCAGCAGAACCGGCCACUGCACAAGCCUAUGUACUUCUUUCUGGCCAACCUGUCCUUCCUGGAGACCUGGUACAUCUCCGUGACCGUACCCAAGUUGCUGUUCAGUUUCUGGUCUGUGCGCAGCAGCAUCUCCUUCACGCACUGCAUGAUACAGCUUUACUUCUUCAUCGCGCUCAUGUGCACAGAGUGUGUGCUGCUGGCCGCCAUGGCCUAUGACCGUUACGUGGCCAUCUGCCGCCCACUGCACUACCACACCGCUAUGAGCCACGGGCUCUGCUUCCGCCUGGCUCUUGCCUCCUGGGCCAUAGGCUUUGGCAUCUCCUUGGCCAAGAUCUACUUCAUCUCUCGUCUCGACUUCUGCGGCCCCAACGUCAUCAAUCACUUCUUCUGUGACAUCUCUCCAGUGCUCAACCUCUCCUGCACCGACAUGUCCCUGGCCGAGUUGGUGGACUUCAUCCUGGCGCUGGUCAUCUUCCUCUUCCCCCUGUCUGUCACUGUCCUGUCUUAUGGCUGCAUCCUGGCCACUGUUCUACGCAUGCCCACGGGAAAGCAGAAAGCCUUCUCUACGUGCGCCUCCCACCUCGUGGUGGUCACCGUCUUCUACUCGGCCACGAUUUUCAUGUACGCCCGGCCCCGAGCCAUCCACGCCUUCAACAUGAACAAAGUUAUUUCCAUCUUCUAUGCCAUCGUCACCCCUGCUCUCAACCCUUUCAUUUAUUGCCUGAGGAACCGAGAGGUCAAGGAGGCUCUGAAGAAACUGCUCUACUGCCUGGCCAUGUGCUCCGAGUCGUCUCUUACAAAUGAUUAG